GGUCCCUCACAAUAACAUUGAAGCGAGCCUGAACCAACAUCACCAAAAACAAUUAUCUAGUUAUUAUCAUUUCACUGUCUGGGAGCUUGCUAUGCUCAAAAUUAUCUGCCAUGCUGUACAUUAAAGUAGUUUCACCGCUUCAAAACAUACAUCACCUGAUGUGAGGAGUCUAUCCAUUCAUAUCUGGCUGUGUAUGUGUACUCAUACAUAUAUUAACUGGUCAAUUUGAUGUUGCUAAUGACUUUGUCUCCUUUGCUUCAGGCUGAAGAAAUUGAGUAUUCCUGUGAAAAGUGCAAUGGCAAAAGUGCAAUUGUGACCCACAAGUUCAGCAGGCUGCCCAGGGUACUGAUACUCCAUUUGAAACGGUACAGUUUUAACGUGCAGCUGUCUGUGAAUAACAAGCUUGGUCAGCAGGUGAUCAUUCCAAAGUACCUGACCCUGGCGGCUCACUGCACAGAGACCACAAGGCAGCCCUUUUCCCUAGGUUGGAACACACAAUCUGCAAUAUCACGACCACUCAAAACUUCGCAGUCAGUGAACUCUACAACUUCCACAUCCACACUGGGAAGGAAGUACUGUUUCAAGUCUGCAAUCGUGAUCCUGGACUCUGACAGCGAGGAGGAACAGCUGAAGCGGGCAAUGGUGAUCAGCAGGCAAUUGAAUGAGCAGGUCCAGCGUGAGACACAGCAGGAACAGGAGGAAAUGCAGCUGGCACUGAAAGCGAGCAAGCGGGAGUGGAAUCGCCCUGCCCCAGCCACUGCAUUGGACUCCUCGUUUGACAGCAUGAAUGAAGACGAGCUCCUGGCAGCUGUGUUGGAGAUCAGCAAGCGGGAAACCCACUUCUCGCUGGGCAGGGAGGAGGAGCAGGAGAAACCGAGCAGCAGUCCUGAUACUGGCUUCGGUGACGACGAGGCUCAGGAAUUGCUGGAACAACAUGAGUCACCAGAACCAGAUCUGCACAGGGCCCCUGUGGAAAUGGAGCCUGCCAAAGUCAUGAAAGACUUUGAUGAGAACAAGGAGAAUAAAACUCCAGAAGGCUCCCAGUGUGAGAUGGACUGGAUGCAGCAAUAUGACCUAGACAGGGAGCGAGAAGAACAAGAGCUGCAGCAAGCACUGGCCCAAAGUCUCCAGGAACAGGAAGCACGAGAGAUGAAAGAAGAUGAUGACUUGAAGAGAGCAACAGAGCUGAGUAUCCAGGGUAAGGCACCACUGUCAUUCAGUAAUUGUUGCAUUGUUACUAUUUUCGAUUGUGUUUGCUGCUGUGUAGGUGUGUUGGCCAAUUUUCUCUCAG